CGAAAUAUCAAUGUAAUUAGCACUCUCAUAUUAAAGAACAAACGUGCUUUCUUGGCAUUAUUAGGUUUCUUUUAUGAUACAGUUAUAAAUGUCAUGGUAUUUCCAAGAAUGAAUUAACACUUAUAAGUUGUUAAAUUACGCGUCUUCAUGCAAUAGCACUCACUCGGAAAUUUCCGUGAAACUUCAGUUAAGAAUAAGUUAUCAAUGAUGAAUAACAACUAACAAAUGGUAUUUAGUAAUAGUAGGAGUUGCUGUAACGACAGAAUUGUUUUGCGAUGAAGAUCAUAUUAAACAUUACUGUGCUUUUGUUGAUGAUCACAAGCUGUGCGUCAGCGCGGUAUAUCAAUGCUGAGCAACUGACAUAUGCCGAAAAUCGAACUGAUAGCAAAAGAAUUGAGCAUGUUAGUGUAAUUAACGUGGACAAUGAAGAUUUGAGCAAAGAAUUAGAAGAUUUGAGCAAACGUGGCAAUUCCAUUAUUCAAGACGCAGCUGUAGAUUAUUCUCAAAAUACUGAAGAAGACAAGAAAAGAACGAUAAUCAGGCAACUAAUGUUCAUAAUAGACAACUAUCAAACGACCAUCGACGAAAACGUUAUGCAGGAGUACAAAAAUAUUUCAGAGGUUGCUGCAAUAACGACAGUAGAAAAUAAUGAAGUGCUGAACGAAAGCAACAAUAUGCCCAAACUCACAGACCAAGUGUCUGAUAUUAUACAGAACAUGGUCAUAGAAAGAGAUUAUCUUACACAGAAUAAAACAGACAUUUUACAAAGUGGAAGAAAAAACUGCAAAAAUAAAAACUGCAAAUCUCAGUACAUUAAACAUGAAGAUAUUCCAGUCCCAACUGACUUACCGAAAGGCAAGAAUUUUACAAGAGGAAAUAGUCAAGAAAAUCUGCAAAAAAUUACAAAGAUUACAGUUAAAGAAUUAACUGAUCGGCAAAUGGGCAGAAACAAUGAAAUGCAAUCCAAAGCUUCUAAUCAAUCGAACAGAAACUUUAAUUCACAAGACUCAUUUUACAACAAAAAUGAUUCAUCAAACAAGGGUGAAAUAUUACAAGGUAAUAGAAACAGAAAUGAGAAAUCAUUUAAUACAUAUACUAGAUCUUCAGACAUGGAUAGCGUAACAGAUGUCACUGAUAGCAGAAAUAAAAUACCGAAAAAUAUUAAUUAUCUUGAAUCGUCCAAAGCCAGUGAAAGCAAGAAUAAACAGUUAUACGACAUAAAAAACCUGUCUAAAACUAUAGAUAAAUCAACAAAUGAAAACGAAAACACAUCCGCGCUUCUGAGCGAUAAGAAUGAACUAUCUAAAAAUACCAAAGAAUAUGAUUCACAAAAAGGAAAAGUAUCAAAUGGCACCUACCAAACAGAGGAAAAUGGACUUCAGGAAGAAUAUUUAAUGACUACAGGCAGCGGAGAAAAUGGCUCAUUUCAAAGUCAAAAUGAGGUUUCUCAAUGUAAUGUUACGAUGACCAAUUUCGAACAUUGUAUGACGGAAGACAAUAAUAGAAAUGACCAUGAUAGUAAUAGUAGUGUUAUAAGUAACACUGAUGUAUCUACAAAUUGUGGGAGCAAAACUCAAGGAAGUAGACCAUGUGUAGACCAGAACAGGAAAGACGAAUGGUAUCAACGUAAUACAGAUAAAGGUUUACCAAGAAAUAAUAAUAGUAAGAUUCCAAAAGAUAAAACUAAAUCGGGAAGCGAAACAGAUGACAUGCGUACUUAUAUAUUUCUAAGCAGGGACAACUUAAACAACAAUAUGAAGAAGACCAAUAAAUACCACGUGGAGAUAGACAAAGAUCUAGGCAAAAGUUAUACAGGUAACCAAUUGUUUUCGGACAAGAAAACGCAAAGUAUGAAUCACAAAAGAAAUUAUAAAGGACCAAUAUGGGAUAAUGUCCCAUUUGGCAAAUCAAGAUAUGGGAUAGAGUAAAAAGCAUUAUUCGGGUUCGCUGGAAGUGUGGAAGUCAGAAUAGUACGGAUAAUAUUUGCAAUUAUACUAAUGAGUAUAUUGACAAAUCACAACUAAACAGAUAAUAAAGGACUUGUCUUAUGUAUGUCUCAUGUAUGUCUAUAUA